CGCAUCACGGAGCAGCACGGCAGACGCACGCGCGCGGUUCCAGGAGUCGGACACAGACAGCUCACACACUGAGACAUCAUGCCUGUGGCCGCCGCUCACACCGAGCCUGCUUUAUCGCAGGUGGACGCUCUGAGUGACAGCAACAGCUCGGCCACCGCCAAUGACCUCGACCUCAUCUUCCUUAAAGGGAUCAUGGAGAGUCCGGUGAACGCUGAAAGUCCGGAGGAACCUCGUCUCGAGGCGGUGGGGGACAAAAACAUGGAGCUGCUGCAGGACAUCCUGAGGGACCUGAGUCCCAUCACGCAUCGCAGUAACACAGCUGCUGAGCUCUCGAACAUCCUUAACCAACCACAUUUCCAGUCUCUCCUGGAGACUCACGACUCGGUGGCCUCGAAGACCUGUGAAACCCCUCCGCCGAGCCCACAGGCAGCCGUGGAACCGACCCUGCCACCCGUCCCCGCCGACGCCGUGCGCAUGGUGGGCAUCCGCAAAGUGGCCGGGGAACACCUGGGCAUGACGUUUCGAAUCGAUAACGGGGAGCUGGUGAUCGCGCGAAUCCUGCACGGUGGGAUGAUCGAUCAGCAGGGUCUCCUCCACGUAGGGGACAUCAUAAAGGAGGUGAACGGUAAGGACGUAGGGGACGAUCCGCGCGUCCUCCAGGAGGUGCUGCAGGAGGCCAGCGGCAGCAUCGUACUCAAAGUCCUCCCCAGCUACCAGGAGCCCCAGCCACCCAGACAGGUCUUUGUGAAGUGCCAUUUCGAUUACGACCCGGCCAGCGACAACCUGAUUCCCUGUAAGGAAGCCGGCCUGCAGUUCAACAGCGGAGACGUUCUGCAGAUCGUCAACCAGGAGGACGUGAACUGGUGGCAGGCUCGACGCGUUGAAGGAGGAAGCGCCGGGCUCAUCCCCAGUCAGCUGCUAGAGGAGAAGAGGAAAGCUUUUGUAAAGCCAGAUGUGGAGCUUCGACCAGCAGGCACACUGUGCAGCGGGAUCGGAAGCAAGAAGAAGAAGAAAAUGAUGUAUCUGACCACCAAAAAUGCAGAUUUCGACAUGCACGAGCUGAUGCUCUAUGAGGAAGUGGCCCGGGUUCCUCCAUUCAAGAGGAAAACGCUGGUUCUGAUCGGAGCCCAAGGCGUGGGCCGGCGCAGUCUUAAGAACAAGCUCCUGGUUUCUGAUCCUCAUCUGUUUGGAACUACAAUCCCCUACACUUCCAGGAAGCCUAAAUCAGGCGAAAGGGAGAACAGGAUGUACGCCUUCACCUCCAGGAGCAAAAUGGAGGCUGAUAUUAAAGCAGGCUGUUACCUGGAGCACGGCGAAUAUGACGGAAACCUUUACGGCACCAAGAUCGACUCCAUCCACGAGGUAGCCGAGGCAGGACGUCUCUGCAUCCUGGACGUCCACCCACAGGCUCUGAAGAUCUUGAGGACAUCAGAGUUCCUGCCGUAUGUAGUGUUCAUUGAUGCUCCAGAGUUGGACGUGCUCAGAUCUAUGAACAGAGCAGGCAUCGAAGCAGGAGUGGUCAGCAAAGAGCUAACGGAUGCUGAGCUGAACAGGAUACUGGACGAGAGCUGGAGGAUUAAGCGGGCGUACGGACACUACUUCGACCUGACCAUCGUAAACGACGGCCUGGACAGGACGUACAGCGGUCUGAAGGCGGCCUUGAGGAAGCUGAGUGGAGUUAAUCAGUGGGUGCCAGUUAGCUGGGUGUUUUAGAAAUCGGUCCUCGUUCAUGAACUCCGACUCAUUUCAUUUAGUGACUUCAU